AUUUUGCCCAAAGAACUUCUUCAGAGAGCCAAAUUUUUUCUUCUUCUAAACUUAGUUAUAUCCGCUGACACUGUAAAACAUAUUACACUCAUGCAUAUCUUCCUUAGAGCAUACAGCAUACUUUACUCAUACAAUUUGCUCAAGUCAUGCACAGCUUGUGAGUCCUGCUGGACUUCUAGACCCAGCCUCGGCUCUUUAUUCACUCAAACAACACAGUUAUAUACUGAUAGUUCAUGCAAAAAUGCUGCUGCAACUUCCUUAGAGUUCUAAGUUACUCCUUUCAAAUUACUAGACCACCUUUUUGAUUUUCUAUUUUGGAGGUUAAGUCAUGGUCUUAGCAAAGGAAGCCAUGUUUCUCUUCUCGGUGAUGGUUGUUUUUGGUUUCUUCACCACAACCGUGAUCAGCGGCACCGUGUACAAUGUUGGUGAUUCUGCCGGUUGGAAUGGCGGCAAUGUUGACUACCAUAUGUGGGCUUCUACUAAAACUUUCCAGGUUGGUGACACUCUUGUUUUCCAGUACAAUCAACAACUCCACAACGUGGUACGAGUGAGCCUCUCCGAUUUCCAUUUGUGCAAUGCUUUUAAUCCGAUCGUUACUUACUCCACCGGCAAUGACACCAUUACUAUCAACGGUCCCGGCCAUUUCUACUAUAUAUGUGGUUUCAAAGGCCAUUGUCAAGCCGGACAGAAGGUCGAUAUCCGGGUCCCCAAACCUUACCAGCUAACUGAUAUUCGCAGCGCAAGCGCAACGAAAGCUCCAGUUGAAGCCUCUCAAGGGGAAAAAAGAGACUUAACCGAAUAGCAGUGAUUAGGAGAGCAAAGAAAGGUCUCUUAAUAACAUUUGUACUUGUGACAAUGUUCUGAAUUAUUAUUCUUCUUAAUAAAAAUUGUACUUGUGACAAUAUUCUGAAUUUUAGUACUGAUGUUCUGGGUAAUAAUAUGCAUCGGUCGGGGC